UACGCGUUUCUCAUGUAUGUAAAGAUAAGAAAUACAACACCACCAUCAAAUCAUCCCCAUUUCCCUCUACUCCUUCCAGAAAUAAUAUCAAUAUGUGCCCUCUGAGAUUCAUCUUGGUCUUCUUUUCGGCUGUCUUGGCUGGUUAUUUCGCAUGGAAGUCGACCAUCGCCACUUCCCCGGAGGCCAACUCCAUCACAUCAGAUCAGGAAGAAAACACUUCCACUUCCACAAUAGAGAAACAGCAACUUCAGUUUCUCAAGAGUGUAGAAAAUGGGUUCUGGGUGUUGAUUGAUAUGGCAAGCGGGCGAUACCUGUGGAGGAACAUCAAACAAUUCAAGACCACCAGCUAGAAAUUAAUAUUAGCUAGUUCUGAUGACUAAUUUUAAUCUGUUCCUGUAAACCCACUCUCUCCUCUCUCAUCUACCUCAUUCACUGCAGAUAAUAUAUAUAUAUAUAUAUAUGUAUAUGUAACAGUUAUUCUAAUUCCAGCAGCAACAUGGACAUGAUAAUUGGAAUCUGAAUUCUUUUAAUC